AUGCCCCUCCUCACCAUGCACAACCAGCAGAUCAGCUGGACUCCGCUGCUGGUACUGGGGUAUCUCUUUUACCUCCUCCUGGGCGCUAUGGUGUUCCAGCUGCUGGAGAAGCAGGCAGAGACGCACUUUCGAGACCAGUUCCAGCUGGAGAAGCUCAAGUUCCUGCAGAACUACACAUGCUUGGACAGGCAAGCCUUGGAGCAGUUUGUACAGGUCCUCAUGGAAGCAUGGGAAAAAGGGGUCAACCCAGAAGGAAACUCUACGAAUCCCAGUAAUUGGGACUUCAGCAACUCCUUCUUUUUUGCAGGAACUGUUGUCACCACUAUAGGUUACGGUAACCUGUCCCCCAGCACAGUGGCAGGGCAGAUCUUCUGUGUGUUUUAUGCCUUAUUUGGAGUGCCCCUCAACCUGGCCUUCCUUAAUCAGUUGGGGAAAGGCCUCAAUGCUCAUCUGAUUACCCUGGAAAGAUGGGUGCAAAAGCCAGGCCGUGCCCAGGUGGUUCAAACACUGGCAGUUGCCAUCUUCCUGACAACUGGGACCUUGCUUUUUCUAGUGUUCCCACCAUUGGUCUUCAGUUACGUAGAAGGCUGGAGCUACGGAGAAGGCUUUUACUUCACCUUCAUCACCCUGAGCACCAUUGGAUUUGGGGACUAUGUAGUAGGCACAAACCCCAACAAGCACUAUAUCCCGGUGUACAGGAGCCUAACUGCAAUUUGGAUUGUUUUUGGCUUGGCCUGGCUGGCUCUGGUCUUCAACGUGGGAGCUGACUUGAUGGAAAAAUUCCUUCAACUAAAGUGGCACAAGCCUGACUUAAGCUUGGCAGAAGGAGCCACCACCAAAUUGGAAGAUGAACCUGAGCAGCCCAGAAUCCACAUCCCUAGCUGA